AUGCACCGAAAGUCACAUGAAAAACAAUUCUGGAAAACCACGUCUUACAUGAAAAGUUUGAAAGAUGCCCAAAUAGACAUAGAGAGUGAGAGAGUGAAGCUUCGGGUUGCAGAGGCUCGAAACAAGGAGCUUGAGCGGGAUCUAUCCAUGGAAAAGGAGCUUAUUGAACAGUUGCAGGAGGAACUAGAUAAAGAGAGAUCUUCUCUGAAACAGGCCAUUCAAGAGAAGUCGUUUCUCCAGGAGGAGCUCGACCGAGAAAGUACCAAAUUUGGAGAAACACAAAAUCUUCUUCAGGUUAAAGAGUCAGAAUUGGUAGAAGCCAGACUAGAGAUACAGCGCUUGAAGUCUGAGCGGGCUUCUCUCGAGCUUGUUUUGGAGGAGAAAGAUUCAGAACUCUUUAAUGUGAGGAAGAGCUUAGAGGAAGUAAAUGAGGAGAUAAUUGAGUUUAGGACCCUUGUGAACAGCAGAGAAGACCAGCUCUUGCAAGCAACAAACAUGCUAAAGCAGAAAGAGGAACAUGUCGAGACAAUGCGACACGAGCUAAACGAUACAAAGCUAAAAUUCUCUGUAGCUGAAACUGUGGUUGAACGGAUUGUCGAGCUCACUAACAAACUGGUUAUUUCUGUAAAUGACGAAGAUUAUGAAGGAUUGAACGAAUAUGAUGAAAUGGAGAACAAGUUGUUGAGUCCAUUGUUAAAGAAGCCUACCGACAAUUUUAAGUGGCAAAAGAAACAGCUUGAAUCUGAGCUUGAGUUAACUAGAGUGAGCCUGAGAAUGAAGGAAACAGAAGUUCUUGCUGCACAGAGAGCCCUCACAAUCAAAGAUGAAGAGCUAAAAAUGGUCCUUGAAAGAUUAGAAGCAAGAGAGAGUGAACUAAAGAAGAUGAAAGAAGAGAUGAUUCAAGAUGCUAAUGAUCUAAGGCAGCUUUACACUUUGGCACAAGAAAGAAUUGGUGAGAGAAGUAUAGGUGAACUGGGUAUUGAGAAGCUCCAAUUGGAGGCAGCUCAAUUGGAAGUUGAAGCUGCAACUAGUGCUCUCCAUAAACUCGCUGAGAUGAGUCAAGAGCUUCUGCAUAAAGCUAGCUUGAGUGUCGAGGCUGAUUUUGAUACUGACGUGCAGUUAAGUGUGGUUAACGAUGAGUGUUUUAGCGAAUUCAAAACAGAAGUUGCUCGGCUUUCGGAUUUGUCUGAGCGGCUGGUGAAAGAAGCUGGAAUUAUUGGUGAUGUGAACCUAGUUGAGGUAAUUAAGAUAUUGCUCGUUAUAGUCCCCAAAAAAAAGAGUCAUCCCUCGUGGGUUAUUAAAUCUGUGUUGGACAACAAACAAUCUAGUGUCAAUGAUAAUGGGGCAACCGAACCUGCAAGGAUUCUUUUGGAGAAGUUGUUUGCUGAGACACAGAAACUAGAAGAAAUGGGUAAAGAUUCUCAUCUCCCUCCGGAUGAUCAGGUAGGGUUUAAUCUUGGAAUCCUGGAGAAUCUUCAAGCUGCUCUGUUUGCCCUGAAUAAGAAGGAAGAACAACUACAAGAUGCGGAAAAGGAAGUGUUAUUGGAACAGAUAGAACUAAAUCGUGCCAAGGAUGAGUUGGUGCAUCGAGAGGAAGCAAUAGCAGCCGCUUGUUCUAAGCAUGAAAAACUAAAAGAGGAGCUGAAGCUGGCUAAUCUUAAAUUAGCUUCUCAAAGCAUGCAAAUUGAAGAUCUAAAGCUUCAAAUCAAAGAGCGGGUUGAUGAAAUUUCUGCUGCACAAUCUGCGCUAGCUUUGAAAGAAGAUGAAAUGAAUAAAAUGAAAAAUGAAUUGAUGAUGAAGAGUGAUGAAGCUGUCGCUACUGAAUUUGAACUAAAAUCUAAGGCUCAUCUUCUGGAUGAAACCAAUGAAAUUGUGAGGAAACAAGAAGUUGAACUUCAACAACUUCGAGAAGCAAUUCAAGAGAAAGAAGAAGAACUAGAAAUUUCUGUGACAUUGAGGGAACUUGAAGAGGAGAAGCUAAGAGUUGCCGAGGCCAGUUUGGAAAAGAAGGCAAUGGAGUGGCUUUUAACACAGACCGAGCUAAAGAAACUGGCAGAGGAAGCAUCUAAGAGGAAUGGAGAAGCUACUGAAACUUUGGAAGACUUUAGAAGAGUGAAGAAGCUUCUUGCUGAUGUGAGGUCUGAAUUAGUUUCAUCUCAGAAAGCUUUGGCUUCCUCUAGACAGAAAAUGGAAUACCAGGAACAGCUGUUACAGGCCCAACUCAUAGAACUUGAAGAACAAAAGAUAAGCAUCACGUCUUACAUGAAAAGUUUGAAAGAUGCCCAAAUAGACAUAGAGAGUGAGAGAGUGAAGCUUCGGGUUGCAGAGGCUCGAAACAAGGAGCUUGAGCGGGAUCUAUCCAUGGAAAAGGAGCUUAUUGAACAGUUGCAGGAGGAACUAGAUAAAGAGAGAUCUUCUCUGAAACAGGCCAUUCAAGAGAAGUCGUUUCUCCAGGAGGAGCUCGACCGAGAAAGUACCAAAUUUGGAGAAACACAAAAUCUUCUUCAGGUUAAAGAGUCAGAAUUGGUAGAAGCCAGACUAGAGAUACAGCGCUUGAAGUCUGAGCGGGCUUCUCUCGAGCUUGUUUUGGAGGAGAAAGAUUCAGAACUCUUUAAUGUGAGGAAGAGCUUAGAGGAAGUAAAUGAGGAGAUAAUUGAGUUUAGGACCCUUGUGAACAGCAGAGAAGACCAGCUCUUGCAAGCUACAAACAUGCUAAAGCAGAAAGAGGAACAUGUUGAGACAAUGCGACACGAGCUAAACGAUACAAAGCUAAAAUUCUCCGUAGCUGAAACUGUGGUUGAACGGAUUGUCGAGCUCACUAACAAACUGGUUAUUUCUGUAAAUGACGAAGAUUAUGAAGGAUUGAACGAAUAUGAUGAAAUGGAGAACAAGUUGUCGAGUCCAUUGUUAAAGAAGCCUACCGACAAUUUUAAGUGGCAAAAGAAACAGCUUGAAUCUGAGCUUGAGUUAACUAGAGUGAGCCUGAGAAUGAAGGAAAUGGAAGUUGUUGCUGCACAGAGAGCCCUCACAAUCAAAGAUGAAGAGCUAAAAAUGGUCCUUGAAAGAUUAGAAGCAAGAGAGAGUGAACUAAAGAAGAUGAAAGAAGAGAUGAUUCAAGAUGCUAAUGAUCUAAGGCAGCUUUACACUUUGGCACAAGAAAGAAUUGGUGAGAGAAGUAUAGGUGAACUGGGUAUUGAGAAGCUCCAAUUGGAGGCAGCUCAAUUGGAAGUUGAAGCUGCAACUAGUGCUCUCCAUAAACUCGCUGAGAUGAGUCAAGAGCUUCUGCAUAAAGCUAGCUUGAGUGUCGAGGCUGAUUUUGAUACUGACGUGCAGUUAAGUGUGGUUAACGAUGAGUGUUUUAGCGAAUUCAAAACAGAAGUUGCUCGGCUUUCGGAUUUGUCUGAGCGGCUGGUGAAAGAAGCUGGAAUUAUUGGUGAUGUGAACCUAGUUGAGGUAAUUUGAAGAUAUUGACUACAUUUUUGUACAGAUAUCUCUGACUGACUUUUUUUUACUAUAGUUACUGAUUAUUUAGGAGAUGUUUGUUUGUGUUGUUGUAGUGCUAGAAUGUACCAACAUGUUUGCCAUAAAAUGUCUAGGUGUGGAACCUGUGUUUGUUAGUGUAUCAUUUGUGUUGUGCAAUUUUAUUUCCAUGUUUUUAACCUUUUCACA